ACAUAACCGAUCUUCGGUCCGUUGACCAAUCAGAAUCGACGGAGGAAGUUUCAAACUCACCAUUCUAAAUAUUCUAAACAAUCCGAGAGUUGUCUCGUUUGUGAUUCCAGGAGUGUUUACCUGAUUGUCUGUUUACCGACUGUUGGAGCUGCAGGGAUGGAGGAGCAGCCUGUCUGUAUACAGAAUGAGUCAGCAUGUCUGGCUGAGGCUCAUGACAGCAGCAGGGUCCUGGAUCAGGAGACCGGGGUCAGCGAGGUCAGUGAGUACUGUAAAGACCUCCUGAUGAGGGGACAGGAGGAGAUGAACUUUGAGGAGCUGCGGGCUGAGAGAUACUUUGAGCUGAAGAAGAAGAAGAUGCAGGAGAAGCUGCAGCGUCUGAAGGAGGAAGAGGAGCAGCUCAGGCAGGAGCUGGAGAAGAAGAGGCAGCAGCGGCUCAGUGUGAGUCAGGCCAGGAAUUCCUGUAAACCUGCCGCUUCCUUCCAUGUUUAUGAGUCUGCUGAAGAAAACCCUUCUGGGAAGUCUGAGGCUGCUUCAAGCCACCGGCCCAAUGACCUCAUCGUAAAAUCAGAUGAGAAGGGACUCUGCCUGAAGGUCUUGUUUCCAGGACUUCCAGGAGUCGUUUCCUCCAGAGGCUCCCAGAACUCAGAGCCGGAGCAGUAUGGACUCCAGAAACUCGACUUAGGCAAAGUUGGAGCAAAGCAAAUGUACAGAGGAGAUUCAAAGAGGUCCGGGCCCCUGACCAUCUCCAAACCACAAGAGAACCUGAGCCCCAUCGAGGAGAUCAGUGUGGAGUCGGCAUCCCUGCCCUCACCGGAAGGCUGCAGUCCUAUAGAGCGGGAUCACAGCACACAACCUGGUACGAACUCAAACCGACCAUUUGCAGCUGCAGUGAAUCCCUGCGAUGCGGAUGUUCGACGAAGGCUCUUGGAGAACUCCGACAUCUUUUCCUCUCCGAACUUGCACUCGCAAAGUGGAUCUCUUCCUGCCGUGACCGAGCACAGCUGUCUGCAUCUGGGGGGGGCUGUGUUUGACAUUUUCUCCACACUAAUGGAUGGAGACGGUUUCUCAGUAUUUCAAGCGAGCACAGAUAACGAUUUCGUCCUCAUCAAGGUGGACAGCUGCUCCACCCCCUGGGAUUUUUACCAGUUUGGUCGCUUAAGGAGUUCCUCCGCCGGGGCUGGGCUUCCUCUGAUCAGCUGUUUCCUGUUUGAUGACGGCUGUAUAACUGUCUACACCCCCCCCCAGGACCACACAUUCACGGAGCUGAUGGAGUCGGUUCAAGAUUCUUCUGAACUGGUGGGGUGUAAAGCCGUCGGCCUGCUGCAGCUGCUGCUGCAGCUACACUCCUGCCGGCUGCUGCACGCAGCGCUGCGACCCAACGUGCUCACCUGCUGUCACAUAGGGUGCCAGGAGCCAGCCUGCAUCUUCCCCAUUGACUGGUCAACCUCGGUGGAUCUGGACCUGCAGCAGAACAUCACAUCCGUCCAGCACCUCCCAUCUGCACAACCUUACAUCCACCUGGGUCUUCUAGAACCCAACGACCCCCCUCACCUGGUUGACCUGGUGGGCGUGGCUGAAACAGUUCACCUCCUCCUGACCAACAGCGCCAUGGUUCUGGUGAAGGAUGCGAGCGGCUGGCAGGUGGAGCAGUUCAGUGGAGACGGACCCUGCGACAUCGACACCACCAUGUGGAGGAGGUUUUUCCGCUCGCUGCUGAAUGCUGGCCGCCGCUCGCCAACGUCCAUCCUGACGGAGCUGAAGGAGCAACUAGUGUCACUUUACCUUUGAGACGUUCAGCCUUUGUGCUGCGUUCAAAGACCUGAUCAAUUUUCUCACAGGCAUUUCUGCAAAAGCUGCAUUUCACUACUUCAAAAUAAAACUGUUUGAAAUGAAUGCAAAUAAAUUUAAAGGAUGCACAAAGUUUUUAUUUUGGAACCUGCAGGUGGAACAGUGGAUGAAGCUAAUGGAAAGUCAGGAACAUCUCGAAGAGUUUGGUUUUUGACAAAGCCGUUUUUUAAAAAUAUGAUUAACCUCUAAUAGUCUAAGUCCUUUUUGAGGGUGUUUAACAACUUUCCAAUUUCCAAUAAUUUAUCUUCAAAACUGUUAUUUGUGACAUUAUUUCAUAUCCAUCUUUUUUAGUACAACCCCAGCUUCUUUUAAAAAAAAAACAUGUUUUCAUUAUAUUAUAUAGUAAUUGUAAAAUAGCCCUAAAUCUGUACAAAAUAAACAUGAAUUCUGAAAAAUAAA